GGUACUUUGUAGAAUCAUAAAGUUCAUUGGGGUCUAUAAACUGUUUGCUAUUUAUUAUAAGCAAAAUUGUCACUCUUGCUCUUUGUGUCCCCAGGUGCAUAUCGUAGCAAAGAUGCCGGCACCAAUUCGAUACUUUCCUACCGGUGUGGACAGAGACUCGUACAUCAGCGGGGUACGUCCACAGGGCAGGUACGGAGCUCCACACGAUGUUAAUAAACGCAGAGACAAUCUACCCGACCACAUCUUUAAUUCCAUCCGUGAUGAAGUUAUUCGGGAGGAGCGCUUGCGUCUAAAUGAAGAGGAGACACUUGCCCGUUCUCGUUUAACACUAACUAGUGGAAAAGGUGGUAAGAAAAUGUUUGGCGAUAACUCAGGGAAUGAACAAAGCGUUGUAGAUUCGAUGGAGCUUGUUGCCCAAAAGGAGUGGCGACACCAAGCGCUAAAGUGCUUAUAUGACCGUGAGCGCGAAGAGUGGGAAAGACUGCUGGCUUCACAUGGGCUUGCUUUUGAGUAGUCCAAUUUGAGGCAUGUGCCGUGAUGUAAAUAUCUCUCUCUCAUUUUUUAGCCGUCGUACGCUUGUCACAAUGCACAGAAUGAGGGGGGAAAAA